AAAUUUCUGCGUUUAUAAAUCCUAUUCAACCCGAGUGGAAUACCAUUUCAUUGAUCAAUCGAGAUAGAAAGAGCAAAAAUUUCUUAAUUUGAUUGGUUAACGAACUCUACCAGUCGAUUAGGAUUUCCGAACGCAGUCCAAGAAAGAGAACAACGAGAACCAUUGCAAGAUAGUGUAGUCAGUGCAGCAGUAGAAAACAAGUCCAAUGUUAAUCUGUAAUGUGAGGUGAUUUAAAGUGUCAUACACGUAAUUCAAUAUCGGUUAAAUUAUCGUAGUAAUGCUAGCGUCAAAUUAAACAACUGAUACAUUGCUGGAGCCAGUUAUUAGACCAACUGAUACAGAAUAUUUUGGAAUAAUGGAUGAAUUUCCUUUGCUAAAAGUGGAGCUGCAAGCAGAUGUUUACAUGGUGUGUUUGCAACAUGCUUUAUCAACAGAAAACUUUGAAGUGAUGGGUUUACUCAUUGGCAAUUUUGCACAUGGAGUAGCAAAAAUAUCAGCUGUUAUCAUUCUGCGACGAUUAGACAAAAAGAAGGACAGAGUGGAAAUUUCAUCAGAACAAUUACUAAAAGCUGCUGCUGAAGCUGAACGACUAACAGUAGAAUUAAAUCGUCCUAUGCGUGUACUUGGCUGGUAUCAUUCACAUCCACAUAUUACAGUUUGCCCAUCACAUGUAGAUGUCAGGACUCAAGCCACUUAUCAAACCAUGGACCACAGUUUUGUAGGCUUAAUCUUUUCGGUAUUUUCCGAAAGCAAAGAUUCAAAAGAACAUGAAAUCUUUUUAAAUUGUUUUCAAUCUAGUUCAAUCACGGGAAUGGGUGAAGCCAUAGAUGUACCAUUAGAAAUAAUACAUACCGACGACAUUGCAGAUAGAUGUUUAAAAACCAUGACGGAUUUGUCAAAAAUUUUGGUUCAAGAAGAAGAAGAUAUGGCUGAGACAUGUAAAGACCAUCCAGAUGUCCUUGCAACUAUUCACAACAAUGCUGUCAGGACACGUGCAUUGAUCCACAUAACAGAUAUUAUCACGAAGCCGUUGAUACAAACAUUUGAGAAAAGGAUAAUACUGAAUAAGUUACGCGCUGCCCAUCUACGAAAUAAAUUGAAAGAAUUACGAGAAAUGUAUGACGGAUGAAAAUUGCAACAAUUAUAUUUUGAAUCAUGAUGACGUCUACAGGAACUAAAAGAAAAUUCAGGGUUGACUUUGGGAACGUUGUGCGGCGAGAAUUCGGAAUACCAUAUCUGCGUGUAGGUUAUAUGUCUAUACAUCGAUUAGAUUAGCCGAAAUUGGUGGAAUCUGGGGUUAAACAACCAACCGCAUUGAUCGGUUUAACCACGGCUCAUUUUACGACUGUUCAUUCAAGGGAAAAGGUUAGUUUUCGGAGCAUUUUACAAGUGUGCGAUAUGUUCUUUCGGACGAAUUUGUUUAAUGUGGAAAUAGCACGCAAGAAUUUUUAGCAUGCCGUUUCUCGCUUCUGACAUCAUCAAUCCAAUAUGGCCGCAGCAACUGACCAGGAGUCUUAAAACGUGCACUGAAGAAUUACUUUGUAGCAUAAAAGAUACUUGUGAUUAUUGCAAAUUUUAU